AUAGAAUAGAAUUCUAUAUAUUUUCUAUAGAAUUUAUUUAAUAGAAUAGUUCUUCUACGUGUAUAGACUGUACAUAAUGCGGUACCGGGUUCAGAGAAUCACUUCCGGUUCUGUGCCGCGUCACUGGGCUGUCAUGCCGCUCCGAGCCUGUAGGUGUCAGUAGCGCGCUGUGAGUGAGUGAGCGCGGCGCUGUAGCGGCACUUUCACCUUCAGCAGUAUAAACCUGCGGCGAGCUCCAGCGUCUCGAGCCCGAACAGAGCGCGAGUGAAGGAUGGACGGACCCCCAGAGACCCCUCCCUCCACUCAGGAGAUCCAGCUGAGGAGAGGACCGGCCGGUCUGGGCUUUAACAUUGUGGGCGGAGUGGAUCACCAGUAUCUGACAAAUGAUGUCGGGAUUUAUGUGGCCAAGAUCAAAGAGAACGGAGCGGCGGCUCUCGACGGCCGACUGCAGGAGGGAGACAGGAUCAUAGCGAUAAAUGGGCAAAAGCUGGAGAAUCUGUCUCACAGUGCAGCGGUGGAGUUAUUUCGUUCAGCAGGAGAGGAGGUCACACUGCACAUCGAGCCAAGGCCCCCUCACAGUGCUAAUGGUCCUCUGGGUUCGCGUCCUGAUGGAGACUCGCCCUCGCCCAUGUCUCUGGUGCUGCUCGGCGCGGUGCUGGCGGCGGUGGCCAUCACGGCGUUCAUCGUUUACAGGCGCCCCGGAAGCUUCCGCAGACACACCUUCUUUUAAUGCCCCGCCCACCAUGGACUUCCUCUGUCCUCUCGCUGGGGACCAAAACACACAGCAGGGAAGAAGCUCAGAGAUGUUGGCGCUCGGCCUCCACUCAGCUUUAUAUUAAUCAGAAUCAUGUUAAUCAACAACAUGCUAAUCACAGGAACUGUUUAGCCACACACACACACACACACACACACACACACACAGGAUUAAAAAUUAAACAAAAUCUGUCACUAAGUGCUGGAUAAACAAUACACAUCACAUAGAUAUCGUUAUGACUGAAAUCUAACUGCCCGCGCGCGCGCGCACACACACACACACACACACACACACACAGGAUUAAAAAUUAAACAAAAUCUGUCACUAAGUGCUGGAUAAACAAUACACAUCACAUAGAUAUCUUUAUGACUGAAAUCUAACCGCGCGCGCGCACACACACACACACACACACACACACACACAGGAUUAAAAAUUAAACAAAAUCUGUCACUAAGUGCUGGAUAAACAAUACACAUCACAUAGAUAUCUUUAUGACUGAAAUCUAACCGCCCGCGCGCGCGCGCGCACACACACACAAUGGUGACGGUGUUGAAGUGUAAAUACUUGUGUAUAUUAAUGAUAUUUUCUGCUGGAUGUGUAUGAAUGCUCGCUUCGGAUCGACAAGAUGGGCGGAGCUUUAAUAGACGCCCAGAUGUAGUUGAUCGACAGGCAUGUCUGUGUCAAGGGGUGGAGCUUAGGUUCAACUCAGUCAGCCAAUUAUCUGUGCCAUUUAUUUUUAGUUUAAUUGUGAUAAAUCCUCUGUCUGUAAGUUUUAUUAUCCUAAUCUUUUCUCCUUCUUUUGCACUGGCUGUACCCAGUACAAACUUUGGCUAACUCCUUCGCUAAUGUUAGCAGCUGAGCUCUGAUGAUGUGUAGGUUUGAUUGGCUGACUGUCUGCAGCUCCGCCCCCAUCAGGGUAUGGCUUAAGCUAAGGUUGAGGUAGGGGGUCAGAUCUAACAGAACGGUUCAACCAAAUAAUGCUAAUUCUUCAACAAGGUGUGUGUGUGUGUGUGUAUGCGUCUUUCUUUACCAAACUCCUCUGUUUGUAAGACUCUGUGCUGCCCCCUGCAGAUUGUUUGUGAAUAGAAUUAUAUACACACUCCA